CAUCUGUUACCAUCCGUUGCAUCUUAGGAAUCAAGGAUCUCCUGAUGGACUGGCAUGGGGAGAGCACAUUUGUGUUUACAAUCACGCAUCGGUGUCUGCUAUGCGUUCGGAGGACAAUGUCGUGAAGGAUGCCUUGAACAUGGCUCAUCAGUUGGGCCACGCGUUUGGCUUCGGGCACGACGAUGCGCCAGAAAACAGAAUCCAGCAUUGCGACUGCGGUUGCACCGAGACGGGCAAGUGUAUCAUGGUAACACAGCUAAACACAGUAAGGUGUCUGCGGCUGAGCAACUGCAGCAGGGAGACCUACUACAACUUAGUAAGGCAAGGGAAGGGAUGUUUGCUGAACUUGCCCUCUAGAACAGCCAGGCCGAAGACGUGUGGAAACGGGGUGGUCGAUGAGCGCGAAGAAUGCGACUGCGGCUCUGACGAGGAAUGCAGAAGGAACAGCUGUUGCCAAAAGGACUGUACAUUGAAGAUGGGCACCAAUUGCCUGUAUGGCCUUUGCUGUGAGAAAUGUAAGUUUUCCAAGAGGGGAACAUUGUGCCGACAGCCUGCCACGGAGUGUGACCUUCCCGAGUUCUGCAACGGGAGCUCUGCUGACUGUCCUGCCGACGUCCAUAAGCAAGACGGGAUGCUGUGCGGCACCUCCGACGCUUGUUAUCGGGGGAAGUGCCACAAUCUGCAGCAACACUGCGCGGCCCUCUUUGGCCAAGACGCAGACGUUGCCCCGCUGAAAUGCUUCAGGGAAGUGAAUGUGCAGGGCGACCGGUCCGGCAACUGCGGCAUGAAAAGAGGGCGCUUCAAGAAGUGUCCAGAAAAAGACAUCCUUUGCGGAAGGAUCCAGUGUGUGCACGUGAACAAAAUCCCCACAGCUGAAGCCAGACAAGGCGUCAUUCAGACGCCAAUAGAAAACACCGUGUGCUGGGGGACAGAAUUCCACCUUGGCGACGAUACCUAUGACCGCGGAGCAGUGAGAGACGGGACAUCUUGUGGGGCUGGCAAGGUCUGCUUAAACAGGUCGUGUGUUGACCGAGCGGUUUUGAAUUCCGAUUGUGAUUUAGCCAGAUGUAACAACCGAGGGGUGUGCAACAGCAACAGAAACUGCCACUGCAGCUCUGGAUGGGCCCCUCCCUUCUGCAGGAGCAUCGGAUUUGGAGGAAGCGUUGAUAGUGGACCCCCACCGGAUUUUAGAUUCACCGUGGAGUCUGCUCUUGCACAAAUGGUAUCUUGGGGCCUUUUCCCCAAGGAGAUGCUGGCUGUGCUGGCUUCGCCUGUCGGUCUUCCCACUUUGGCUCACAUCAAGAUGAGGAUGCCUUGGGUGCAUUCACACAACACCUUUUCACCGGGUUCCUGA